AAUGAGCACUUUGUGUGUGUGUGUGUGUGUGUGCAGGCGUGCACACUGGCUCUGCCUCCCUGUCCAUCUCCUUCCUCCCUGCUCCAUCCAUGCACAGCAUGAUAUAAACAAACCUGCCUCUGGACAUGUCAUGGCUUAAAAUAGAUGUUCAGACAUCAGCCUUGCCACGGCAGCAGCAGCAGCAGCAGCAGCAGCAGCAGGAAGGACAUGGCCGACUGGAUCUGAUCCCAGGCUUCGUUUGGAGCUGAGCAAUCCCAGCCCCUCACUAAGAACAGGACCGUGGGUGGCAACAGCAGCAGAAGUGACCUCCAGGCCACUCUCCGGCCUUCAGGAACCCACAGGUAUGCCUUGUGGGUCUCAGCAGCUCCCAUGGCAUUCCUGUCCAGGUUUUCCAGGAAUGGCACCAGGUCACCAAGCCGAGGCUCACGAGAGGAGCGACACCACCACCCCAUCCUCAGCGUCUUUGAGCUGGAGAGGUUGCUGUACACAGGCAAGACAGCCUGUAACCAUGCUGAUGAGGUCUGGCCAGGGCUCUACCUGGGUGAUCAAGAUAUAGCAGCCAACAGGAGGGAGCUGGCUCAGCUCCACAUCACCCACAUCCUCAAUGCCUCCCACAGCAAGUGGAGGGGGGGUGCUGAGUACUACGAGGGCACGGGCAUCCGGUACCUGGGCAUCGAGGCCCACGACUCCCCUUCCUUUGACAUGAGCCCCUACUUCUACCCUGCAGCUGAUUUCAUCCACCAAGCACUGAAUGAAGGAAGGAUCCUUGUGCACUGUGCUGUUGGGGUCAGCAGGUCAGCCACCUUGGUCCUCGCCUACCUCAUGAUCCGGCACCACAUGCCCCUGGUAGAAGCCAUAAAAACAGUCAAGGAUCACCGUGGGAUCAUCCCCAACAGGGGCUUCUUGCGCCAGCUGGUGGCCCUGGACAAUGCCCUGAGGCUGAAGAGGAGUGCCUGAAGGAGGAGGAGAAGAGGGGAUGUGUGGUGGGAGUGGUGGGGGUGGGUGGUGCUCACCUUCUAUUCACCCCAUGUCCUAUUUAACCCCAAGACCUGGCUCUUUCUUUUCCUCCUUUCAAUGUUUCAGAAUGUCAGGAAAGGGAUGUUUCAGGGUUUCUCAUCUCUGUCACCAUUGCAGUCAGCUUUCAGCUGGGGAAGAGGAACAAGUAACAGAAUUAUGUUGCCCCUCUGUGGAUAUUUUAGCCACCCACUGGAUGUCACCCAUCCCUUUCCAGAGCACCCUGCUGGAGGGACAAAGAGGCAUUUCAGGGAGAGAUUCCAUCACAGAUUGCUCCAUGGGUGCUGCUGCAGGACAGAGGAGAAGCUCUGUGUUCUCAGCACCACAGCAGAUAAAUCCAGCCCUAGAUCUUAAGGGUUGGACUUGAUGAUCUCUGAGGUCCCUUCCAACCCAGCCAAUUCUAUGAUUCUAUGAUUCUAUGAUCUUUAUCCACUGGAGGCCACCAACCCCCUGCCCUGCUGCCUGCUGAAUGGCUGGGGUGGAGGUUUUCCUCCUUGGCAGCUUGAUGGGUGACAUGCAGCUGGUUCCUGGGCCCCCCCAUCAGCUCAGGGGGUCCCCAGGCAUGUGAGUUAUUCCUAGGGGUAAAACAUAGGCUCUCAACCUCCAAUCUUGUCACCUGGGCAGCCCUGAUGUGCAGCCUCCUUCUCAGCCUGCUUGCUCCAAGAUGCCUGUGGAAGGACUUGGCCCUUUCCUCAAUCCCUCUUGGCUCCAGGAAGCCUUUAGGGCUUCACUUCUCCCUCGUGGCAGAUGCCUUUGCCAAGCCAGUCCUGUCCCUCCCUCCCCAGACACUCAAGCUCUGUGUGUUCCUUGUCUUGUUUCCUAUUUGUUUCUGGUCUGUGUAGCAAUGUGAAUUAUUAGGUCUGGUGUGUGGGCUUGGGCAAAGAGGCCUUUUUGGUGUAGUGUUUGGGUGCCCCCCCUCCCAUCUCUAGUGUUAACCAGUAAAAAAUAAAAGCAGUGCUAAGGAAAAA